AUGCCUCCACUUGAACCAUUUUCAUCACAAUCAAUGGUUGAUUCUAAAGUAGUCACCACUUUCAAUGAUAAUUCUAAUAUGGACAACAAUUAUCGGGACAACAUUAUCAACAACCGAACUAUGCUUUGGUCAAUUUUCGUUUUAGGUCACGAUUGUGGUCAUGGAAGUUUCAGUAAAUAUGGUUUAUUAAAUGAUACCGUGGGAACCUUCCUUCAUACAUUACUUUUGGUUCCUUACACGAAUUGGAAAUUGAGUCAUCGUCAUCAUCAUAAAAAUACUAGUAAUAUAGAUAAGGAUGAAGUCUUUUUUCCUUUAAAAAAAUCAGAAAAACAAGAAAAAAUGCCAUCAAGUGAAGUGAUACCAUAUUUUGGAUUAGGAUUUGGAUGGUUGACUUAUUUAUUAAUUGGAUAUGGACCAAGAGCCUGUUCACAUAUUAAUCCAUUUGAUCCAUUAUUUGAAAAACAUCGAUUAGGUUCAAUUAUUUCAUUAACUAGUGUAAUAAUAGCUUUAUGUUUACUUAGUUAUGGAUCAAUUAUUUGGGGAACGAUAACAAUGAUUAAAUAUUAUUUCUUACCAUGGUUAGUAUUUUCAUCAUGGUUAGUAAUCACGACAUUUCUUCAUCAUCACGGAGCAGAAGAGAAUAUUAAAUUACCCUGGUUCACUAAUGAAGAAUGGUCAUAUGUCGUGGGUAAUUUAUCAUCCGUAGAUCGAAAUUAUGGAAUUUUACAUAACAUCACACAUAACAUUGGGACACAUCAAGUUCAUCAUUUAUUCCCAGUUAUACCUCAUUAUUAUCUUAAAGAAACCACCAAAAUAUUUCAAAGUACUUAUCCUCAAUUUAUACGUGAAUCAAAUGAACCAAUCAUGAAUACUUUCAUAUCAACUUUUAAACUUUGGAAAUCACAAUAUUUAAUUGAUGAUGAUACUAAAAUUUUCGUGUAUGAUAAAAAUAGAAAACAGAAAUAA